AUGGAGUCUACGUCAAUUCGUAAAGCAUUGACAAUAAUUUUAUUAGUGUGUUUGUUGUUUGUUCUGGUUGUGUUCUGUGUUGUUUAUAUUUGGAGCGUUAAAUCAUCAAAUAAUCAACAGAUAGUACGGAGUGAACAGUACAGUGGUAAACGUAACGCGGAGGACACUGAUACAACCACGGAGCAUUUACAUUCGCAUAAUGAACAUGCAGAAGCUCCGACGACGACGACGACAGCGAGGACAACAUCAGUAGCAACAACAACAACAACAGCACAACAAGCAUCAACAACUGAAUCAGGACCUAGUUAUCGGGUGAAACUAAGUGGUGUUCAGGAAGCCUCAAGUGGCAAGGUCCUGGUAGAGCACGAUGGCCAGACAGGAUUCGUCUGCAGUGAUCACUUUAGCCACGCAGACGCUAAAGUCGUCUGCAAAGAACUUGGCUUUAAAAAUGGUCUGGCUUACAACCUGAUAGCAUCGUUUCCAUACAGCCGUUACACAGAAGACGAGCCGAUUCUUUCAAAUUUGAAUUGCAUCGGAAACGAGGCUAGAUUAAAGGAUUGCAAUGGUUUCCGGUUGGAUAACGUAACUUCCUGCACGUGGUUUGCUGCGGCACUUUGCUACAAUAACAAGCCGUACGAGCUACGCCUGGUGAACGGUAUAAAUCCGGAUUCCGGCAUGGUGGAAAUGAAAGUCAGCGAGGAGUGGGGAACUUUGUGUGCAAUCAGAAAUUUCGACGAUGACGUGGCUGAUAUUUUGUGCCGAAGCAUGAACUUUACCGGCGGUUUAGCAAUAGACCGGGGAAUGCUCGGCGAGGCAAGGUUAUCUAAAGUCUGGUUACCGUACAUUUCGUGUACGGACGGAGCGGACAUUAAACAUUCAAUAUUGGAAUGUAGUCUUAUUCUAAAUACUGAAGAUAUUUUAGUGGAUUUAAUGGACCACAGAAACAAUAGAUACAAAAAUGAGUACAUGGCAUGUGUCAGUAAGCCAAAUUCAUACGCGUCCGCCGUGCAGUGCCUGAUAUGAUGUGCCGUGCAUUAUAUAAAGGGAAAAUGUACGAUAAAAUGUUCCAAAUGCAAAGGUAGAACUUCUACCUACAUUAAACAUUAGCUGUAGCUCUCUGCUAAAUCAAUUUGAAGCAUUUUAUGCAAAAGAAGGUUUUCUUCAACACGAUUUUUCAUUUAUAUUUUGCAUUCAAGUCACGUGAUCCCGAGAUGAAUCAACACAAAUGGUACUUGUAUUAAGGAACUAUCUCUUGGAAUAAGUGAAAAAGCAUUUCACCUUUCCCUUUUCGCUGUGAUUUUAGAAAUAUUUAGAGACAUGAUUUAUUUUCGGAAAGAUGUUUGGUGCACCAAAUUUGUCCUUGAUCAGGUUUGCCAGCAUGCAAAAUGUUAGAAACAUUUACAGCUUUCCCUUUUAAUACAUGUAAUAUAACAGGGUUAAAAACAAGCACAAGAAAGAAUUUUAGUUGCUUUAAUUAUUGAAGAGCUACAACUCUGCUAUUGAACUCUUUUAAGGCGUUUGCUUUAAGAGUAUA